CCUGCUGGGCGAGCGCACCGCGGACAUGAAGCUGGCGACCUGGUGCUGCCUGAGCUCAGCCGUCCUCGCUGCUUCUGGUUUAUUGGUUACGGCAAACAAUGAAACAGAAGAAAUUCAAGAUGCACCGGCCAAGGGCGCCUGUCCGGUGAGACUAGAGAGCCGAGGGAAAUGCGAGGAGGGAGGCGAAUGCCCCUACCAGGUGAGCCUGCCCCCGCUGACUCUUCAGCUCCCCAAGCAGUUCGGCAGGAUGGAGGAGGUGUUCAAAGAAGUCCAGAACCUCAAGGAAAUCGUAAACAGCCUGAAGAAAUGCUGCCAAGACUGCAAACUGCAGGCUGAUGACAACCGAGACCCGGGCACAGGAGUCCCGGGGGAGGCUGAUGACAACAGAGUUACAGAAUUAGAGAGCGAGGUGAACAAGCUGUCCUCUGACCUAAAGAAUGCAAAGAAGGAGAUCGACGGGCUUCAGGGUCGCCUGGAGAAGCUGAAUCUUGUAAAUAUGAACAAUAUAGAAAAUUAUGUUGAUGACAAAGUGGCAAAUCUAACAUUUGUUGUCAAUAGUUUGGAUGGUAAAUGUUCAUCUAAGUGUUCCAAUCAAGAACAAAUACAAUCACGUCCAGUUCAACAUCUAAUAUAUAAAGAUUGCUCUGACUACUACGCAAUAGGCAAAAGAAGCAGUGAGACCUACAGGGUUACACCGGAUCCCAAAAAUAGUAGCUUCGAAGUUUACUGUGACAUGGAGACCAUGGGGGGAGGCUGGACAGUGCUGCAGGCACGUCUCGAUGGAAGCACCGACUUCACCAAAACAUGGCAAGACUACAAAGUAGGCUUUGGAAACCUCAGAAGAGAAUUUUGGCUCGGGAAUGAUAAAAUUCAUCUUCUGACCAAGAGUAAGGAGAUGAUUCUAAGAAUAGAUCUUGAAGACUUUAAUGGUGUCAAACUCUAUGCCUUGUAUGAUGAGUUUUAUGUGGCCAAUGAGUUUCUCAAAUACCGUUUACACAUUGGUAACUAUAACGGCACAGCUGGAGAUGCCUUACGUUACAGUAAAUUCUACAACCAUGAUAUGAAGUUUUUUACCACCCCAGACAGAGACAAUGAUCGAUAUCCCUCUGGGAACUGUGGGCUCUACUACAGUUCAGGCUGGUGGUUUGAUGCAUGUCUUUCUUCAAACUUAAAUGGCAAAUAUUAUCACCAAAAAUACAGAGGUAUCCGUAAUGGGAUUUUCUGGGGCACCUGGCCUGGUAUGAGUGAGGCACAGCCUAGUGGCUAUAAGUCCUCCUUCAAAAAGGCCAAAAUGAUGAUCAGACCUAAGCACUUUAAGCCAUAAAUCACUAAUGCUCAUUCCUCUGAGUAUUGUUCUUUAAUAGGGCAAUUAAUCCCUUUUAGUACUCCUUUUCCAUGGUUACAAAUUUAUCCCUGAGCAAUGGGUUCUUAUGCUACACAGCAUUUGAAAUAAAGCUGAAAAA